AUGGCUCAGACUUUGAGCUUCCUUCUAGCUCUUUCUCUUCUUGCAUUUGUCCCACUUUGUUUCUGUGAUAAAACUCUUGGUGGGUAUCUCUACCCACAGUUUUAUGACCACUCUUGCCCUAGAGCAACAGAGAUUGUAAAGUCUGUUGUUGCCAAGGCUGUUGCAAGAGAAGCUCGCAUGGCUGCCUCUUUGCUUAGGGUGCAUUUCCAUGACUGCUUUGUACAGGGUUGUGAUGCAUCAAUUCUGUUGGACAGCAGCAAGAACAUAAUCACCGAGAAGAGGUCUGUCCCGAACCAGAAUUCAGCUCGAGGGUUCGAAGUAAUCGAUGAAAUCAAGUCUACAUUAGAGAAAGAGUGCCCCAACACUGUGUCCUGUGCUGACAUUUUGGCUCUUGCUGCUAGAGACUCCACUGUGCUAUCUGGGGGGCCAAACUGGGAAGUUCCACUAGGCAGAAGAGAUUCAAAAGGAGCAAGUUUAAGUGGCUCCAACAACAACAUCCCUGCUCCAAACAACACCUUCCAAACAAUUCUCACCAAGUUCAAGAGGCAAAAGCUCAACAUUGUUGAUCUUGUUGCACUAUCUGGAAGCCACACCAUUGGAAAUGCUAGAUGCACCUCAUUCAGGCAGAGGCUUUACAACCAGUCAGGCAAUGGCUUAGCUGACUUCACCCUUGACCAGUCAUAUGCUGCACAGUUGAGAACCAGGUGCCCAAGAUCUGGUGGAGACCAAACCCUGUUUUUCUUGGACUUUGUCAGCCCAACAAAGUUUGACAACAGCUACUUCAAGAACUUGUUGGCUUCCAAGGGCCUCCUGAACUCAGAUGAAAUUCUUAUCACAAAGAGUCAAGUGACAAAGCAAUUGGUUCAACAGUAUGCUGAGAACACUGAGCUUUUCUUUGAGCAGUUUGCCAAGUCCAUGGUUAAGAUGGGAAAUAUUUCCCCACUUACAGGAUCAAGGGGAGAGAUCAGAAAGAGAUGCAGGAAGAUCAACUCAAUCAAUCGGACUGCAUGA